AUGGAAGCCAGGAUCGCAAAGGUGUUGGAUAGUAGUCGUAGAGUUAUGCCUAGGGUGAAGAGAAAGCGAGCAUCCCGCUAUGCAUCCUACUUUUCUGGUGCUUCCCGCAUGGUGUUGCCCGAGUGGUUCACUCUGAAUUCAACCCAUAAGCUAGGGAAACGCAGGAAAUUGGAUGGAAGCCAAAGCAAGCCUGUGAGCUGUGGGCAUCAUUCUAGACGAUCGUUACUCUGGUGCUAUUCAAAUUUUAUGAGGACUGGAGUGCCACAGCGUUUGAUGUGUUAUCAGAAUGGGGAAUGGACUGAUUUCCCGAAGGAUCUUCUCACUUUGGUUAGGAAAGAUCUCCAAGGGAAGAAGGCAGUUGUUGACGUUGAGUUAGAGGGCCACCGAUAUGUGAUUGACUUCUUGCAUAUGAUGCGACUGGACAUGAAGACAAAUAUUCAGCAACCAAUUGCCUGGAUUGAUGAAGCAGGUGGCUGCUUCUUUCCAGAAGUAUAUGCAGAUGAAGAUGAACCGCAUCUGUGCUGCCAGCAUGAUUGUGCAAAAGAUCAUGGAUCCUCUUUUAGGGAGCCUCUUGGGCCCCAUGAGAUCAAGCUGCAGCUUGAAAUUGAUAUAAAUGGGGGGACCAGUCGAAAAGUGGAGGAUAGUUGCAACAGGAAGCCUGUUGAAAAAACUGAUGAAGCUACUGAGGAAAAUGAAAGAAUUAUAUCAAAUUUAGUCACUGGGACUGAGUCUGUAAAGCAAGUGUUGAAUUCUGACACUGUGAUGAAGAUGUUUGUUACAGGUAUGAACCCUUUUGGUGGUGCAGACAUAAUAGAUAUUUGUCGCUGCUAUAGCACUUCGAUGCAAGCUCGAUUUGAGAUUUUCCAGAAGCAGAUUGAACUAACAGGGAAAUAUCGUGGAGAUGCCAAUGUUCAAUAUGCUUGGCUUGCUUCUUCGAAAGGAGCUCUUCCCACAAUAAUGUUGUAUGGACUUGGACAUUGCGGGCCAUGCACGACAAACUCCAAACAUGGCAUUGGUGUUCAUCUCUCUGCAGCAAACUUUUGUCAUGCCAGUGCAAAUUAUUGUGAUGUUGACGAAAACGGUGUACGAUACAUGGUGUUUUGUCGUGUAAUAAUGGGAAAUAUGGAGCUUCUUCAGCCUGGGAGCCGACAGUUCCAUCCCAGUAGUGAGGAUUUUGAUAGUGGAGUGGAUGAUCUUGAAAAUCCAAGAGAGUAUAUCGUCUGGAAUAUGAAUAUGAACACCCACAUUUAUCCGGAGUUCGUUGUUAGUUUCAAGAUCUCAUCCAAUACUGAAGAUGUCUUCUUGGACUGGAAUGAAAUGUUUGCUGCUGUGUUGGAUGCAUGCUCCUCGAUCAUUAGUGAUUUGUUGGAUGGAGCAUGGCCAAUGAAUUCUGGUGGGUUUCUGGCUGGCAGUGAGAGUAAGCAUGCUGUUUCAGGGGUGACCACUUCUUCUCAUGGAGGUCAGGGAUGUUUACCAAUCAAGUCCCCUGCUGUUGAUUUGAAUGUACCAGUAGAGUCCUCUGCUGUCGAUCUUAAUGAGUCCCCUGCUGCUGAUAUGGGAAGUGAAAUUCAACCAGUUUUGGGUUCUGCGAGAUCUCUCGGAAAGUCACCAAGUCUGAGUUCAAGCAGUACAAGAGCUCCUAAAUCUCCGUGGAUGCCUUUUCCUAUGUUGUUUGCUGCAAUUUCAAAUAAAGUUCCUAGCAAAGACAUGGAACUUGUAGCUAACCAUUAUGAACUAUUCAGGGCAAAGAAGAUAAGCAGGGAGGAUUUUGUCAAGAAGUUAAGGUUGAUUGUUGGAGAUGCUUUACUGAAGUCGACAAUUACAAGUCUUCAAGGCAAGGUUCAUUUGUAUUCUACUUCAAUUAAAAGAAUGUCUGGUUUAGCUGCUGCUGCAAGAAUUUUAGUUUUGUUGUCUGAAUGUGGUUUUGGAAACCUACCAAAAUUCGUGAACAUGGUCUUUUAA